AUGACCACCACCGUAGAAGCUCCGACCCUUUCAUACAUCCAAGUCCCCGAGACAUCGGAGUCUCUGGACUGGGCCGACUUGGUGACUCUCGACCUGUCGAAAUUUGAUCAACCAGGGGGGAAGCAUGAGCUAGCUACUGAGUUCAUCAAAGCCAUCGAAGACGUCGGAUUCUUCUAUGUCAAGAACCACGGCCUGAGCCGAGAGGAUAUUGACAAUCAAUUCGCAAUCGCCAAUUCGACCCUCUCCCUCUCAAACGAAGAGAAGUCCUGGUACCGGGCAGCUCUCGAACAAGGCGACUACAACGGAUGGAAACCAGCGGGGACGCGCAACCUGAUUCCCGGAGUCAAGGACAAUUUCGAAAUCUAUAACAUUCCCAAGUUCAUCCCCGAGCAUGCCGGUCGGGUGCACCCAGAAGUGAUCCGGGAGCAAUUGCCCACCAUCGAGAAAUUUUCUAGACAUAUUCACGACGAGAUCGUGACCAAACUGCUGGUGAUCUUUGCAAUCUCGCUGGGCCUCGAAGAUGAGGAGUGGUUUGUAAAAAGGCACCAGUACGAGAAGACCAGUGGUGACCAUCUCCGGUACAUGAAAUAUUAUGCGCGCAGUGAGGAGGAAAACCAAAAAUUAGGAGGUGUUUGGUUGAAAGGGCAUUCAGACAUGGGCAGUUUGACUCUGCUCUUCCGCCAGCCCGUGGCCGCUCUACAGGUUCUCAGCAAAGACGGAACGUGGCGAUAUGUUAGACCACAGAUGGACGCGCUGACGGUGAAUCUCGCAGAUGCACUCCACUUCUUGACUGGCGGGUAUCUGAAAUCCAGCAUUCACCGUGUCGUUGCGCCCCCGAAGGACCAAGCACAUAUUGACCGAUUAGGCGUGCUGUACAUGGUGCGCAUUGAGGAUGACUCGGCCUUGGUUCCUAUCAAGGAAUCGCCAGUUCUGCGCCACCACGGCCUGAUCGGCGACGGUGUGGUUGGCAGUGAUGGGAAUCCUAUUAAGGCUGGGGAAUGGGUCAAGCAGCGAGUGAUCAAGAAUCUGAGCACCACUGCUGCAGAUGACGGGGAUAAUGAAGUGAAUCAGGUGGAAAUCGUCAAGGGAGUCAGUGUGCAGUACUUCGAUUAG